AUGGAUAGAUUCGAUUCUAAUUUAGCUAUUCACUUUGAUGAGGUUGAUGUUGUAACCGAGGAAAUGGUCCUUGAUGGCAUGGACAUGCAAGCCAUAAAUUGGAAAGCCUUUCGACGUGAUCGAAAAACUUAUGAAUUGGAUAGAGCUUGGAGCAUCCUCCAGCUGAUCGAAUUAUGGAGGCAAGCUUAUAUAACCUACAUAAAACUUGGGUGGGCUUAUCUUUGUCUUACAGUAUAUUCAUCUUUACAGGAGCCAAAAGAAAUGAUAAAAGAAGAUAGAUUUUUCACUUUUAAACAUGGUAAGCUUAGUGAACGCUGCAGUGUUGGACACUUCCAACUACGUAGUCUACUGUGGGCUACAAGUAAAAACGAUGUAUAUUAUCUGCGGUUAACAGCUCUUAUCUCGGGCAACGAUGAAACAACGCAUUUCAUUGAUCUUAAGACUAUGCAAACGAAGCAGAUAAUACAAUUCCCUUUUCCUGUAAAUCAUGCUGCGAUAUCUCCGGAUAAAGAAAUGCUUUGUGCAGUGGGCGAUUCUACAAAGACUGUAGUAGCCGAUAUAAACACUGGAUCAGAGAUCUUUUCAAUUGAUGAACACCACGACUUCUCAUUCUCAUGUUGCUGGAGUCCUGAUGGCAGAACAUUUGCUACAGGAAAUCAAGACAAAACAACUAGAGUAUACGACAUUCGAAAUACAUCACGAACACUCCAUCUUUUGGGUGGAAAUAUUGGAGCUAUUCGGUCACUACAAUAUUCUAGUGAUGGAAAAUAUAUGGUAGCAGCUGGUAUGAAAACAGAAGCGUACAUAAUGUAUCAUAAUUUGCAUGCUGAUAUGUUCUCGAUAGAACACAUUGAUUAUAUUCAUGUUUAUGAUGCAAAAAAUGAUUAUCGCAGUAGCCAAGUCAUUAACUUAUUUGGUUCUAUAGCCGGUGUUUCAUUGACUCCAGAUGGCCAAUCUCUAUUUGUCGCAAACUCUGAAGACGAAGAUAUCGGGUAA